GGGGUUUGUGAUCGGCCUGGGGCGGCUGGGGUGUUGGCUGGAGAGUUUGCUAAAAGUUCUGUGCGGAGCUGGAGGAAGUGAGCACGGAUGAGCUGAGCUGCACCGGAGGCCGAGGAGCGUGGGGUGUCAGUUGACCUCUGGGAAACCCCGGUGUCUGGAAAGGAGGCAAUCGCCUGCAUGAAAGGAGGGACCUGCUGGGAAGUGCGCCCUACCUGAGCCGGGAACUCCAGCUGCAGUCUCCGCAGCACUUCCCCCGCGUGGUGGCUUGGUGGCGGCUUCUGCGCCAGACCCGUGCGGAUCCGGAUGGCGGUGAGGUGGACCUGGGCUGGCAAGAGCUGCCUGCUGCUGGCACUUUUAACCGUGGCUUAUAUUCUGGUGGAGUUCUCGGUCUCCACUUUCCGUGCCUCCCAAGGAGCCGACCAUGCCCGGGAGCGGGGCCCAAGGCGGCUCUCAGACCUUGAGAAAAAGGAAGAGGAUUUGUCCCAGCCUCUUUAUGAGAAGCCCCCUGCAGAUUCUCAUGCUCUUGGGGAGUGGGGGAGAGCAAGCAAACUCCAGCUCAACGAGGGUGAAUUGAAGCAACAGGAAGAACUCAUUGAGAGGUAUGCUAUCAAUAUUUACCUCAGUGACAGGAUCUCUCUGCACCGCCACAUAGAGGAUAAAAGAAUGUAUGAAUGUAAAUCCAAGAAUUUCGACUACAGGAUGCUUCCCACCACAUCUGUCAUCAUCGCCUUCUAUAAUGAAGCCUGGUCGACUUUGCUGCGAACCAUUCACAGUGUUUUAGAAACUUCCCCUGCAGUUCUUUUGAAGGAGAUCAUUUUGGUUGAUGACUUAAGUGACAGAGUUUAUUUGAAGACCCAACUUGAAACUUACAUAAGCAGUCUCGAUAGAGUGCGCUUGAUUAGAACCAACAAACGAGAAGGGCUGGUUCGGGCCCGCCUCAUCGGGGCUACUUUUGCCACUGGGGACGUCCUCACUUUCCUGGAUUGUCACUGUGAGUGUAUUUCCGGUUGGUUGGAACCACUUUUGGAAAGGAUUAGUAAAGAUGAAACAGCAAUUGUCUGUCCUGUUAUAGAUACCAUUGAUUGGAAUACUUUUGAAUUCUACAUGCAGACUGGGGAGCCCAUGAUUGGUGGGUUUGACUGGCGUUUAACCUUCCAGUGGCAUUCUGUCCCCAAACAUGAAAGGGACAGGCGGACAUCAAGAAUUGAUCCCAUCAGGUCACCCACCAUGGCUGGAGGACUGUUUGCUGUCAGCAAGAAAUAUUUUCAUUACCUGGGAACAUAUGACACUGGAAUGGAAGUAUGGGGAGGUGAAAACCUAGAGCUGUCUUUCAGGGUUUGGCAGUGUGGUGGCAAACUGGAGAUCCACCCAUGUUCUCAUGUAGGCCAUGUGUUCCCCAAAAGGGCACCAUAUGCUCGCCCCAAUUUCCUACAGAAUACUGCUCGGGCAGCAGAAGUAUGGAUGGAUGAAUACAAAGAGCAUUUCUACAACCGAAACCCUCCAGCACGCAAAGAAGCCUAUGGUGAUAUUUCCGAAAGAAAAUUAUUACGUGAACGGUUGAGAUGCAAGAGUUUUGACUGGUAUUUGAAAAAUGUGUUUUCUAACUUACACGUACCUGAGGAUAGACCAGGCUGGCAUGGGGCUAUUCGUAGUGUGGGGAUCUCUUCUGAAUGCUUAGAUUAUAAUUCUCCUGACACCAACCCCACUGGUGCUAACCUUUCACUGUUUGGAUGUCAUGGUCAAGGAGGCAAUCAGUUCUUUGAAUACACUUCAAACAAAGAAAUAAGAUUUAAUUCUGUGACUGAGUUAUGUGCAGGAGUUCCUGAGCAAAAAAAUCAUGUAGGAAUGCAAAACUGUCCAAAAGAUGGGCUCCCUAUUCCAGUAAACAUUAUUUGGCAUUUUAAGGAAGAUGGAACUAUUUUUCACCCACGCUCAGGACUAUGUCUUAGUGCCUAUCGGACACCCGAAGGCCGACCUAGUGUUCAAAUGAGAACUUGUGAUGCCCUUGACAAAAAUCAAAUCUGGAGUUUUGAGAAAUAGAAAAGUACAACAGUGUCUUUUUUUCAGGAGCUGGCAGUAGCUUCUGGAAAGUUGAAGUGCCUCAGUGAAGACUGUAUUUUACCAGAAGUCACCCAGCAGUUGUCUGUGAGAACACUGGAAAGCUAUAGUUCAUUUGGGGAUAUCACUCUGAAACUGGGUGUAGAGAGUGCUGCUGUUUAAUAUUUCAAAGUGCCUUCCUUCCUCAUGGACUGUUUUAUUUAAAAGCUUUGUCCAUAUCAUCUGCCCCUUCUUAAAGAAGUUGACUGAAUUGAGAUACAUAAGCCACUUCAGUGUAGGCCGUGGAUGUGGCUCCGUGGUAGAACACUUGCCUAGCACGUGCGAGUCCCUAGCUUUAUCCUCAGAGCACACAUUUAAGUACCAGAUAUAAUACUAGAGAGUGUAAAUGUCCAAGCAAAAUGGGGUGUGAUUUAUGCUGAUUGGUAAAUUCAGUUCAUGUCCCAUUUUCUUUAUCAAAACUCAUGAAUGUGUAACUGGAGCUGUUGCUCUUUUGAUUGCAUAGAAUUUUAAUUUCUUUCAGCCAGCACAUUACAUUUGAGAAUUUUUGAAACUAGUUUUUCUUUAAUCAAAUAGAAAUUGAAGAAAUUUGAUCUUGAGAAAAAGGCCUGGUUUAAGUGUGUGUGUGUAAGUGGAAAGGAUAUCUGUUUGAAUGGAAGUUUGGAGGUCUUUUUUUUUUUUUUUAACAUCAGAUAUCUCAGAAAAUUAUACCUGUAUCUAAAAUGAAAGGAUGAGAAACUCACAUUCCGUUCUUUGUAAACUUGAGCUAUGGGACUGAACUGAUCUAUAUUGGUACCUCAAAUCACCUUGAUUUUUCUAAGCUGUCCUCUGUGAACUUGUUAGUGUAGGGCAUUCUCUGAUUGUACUUCCUUAAGUUAUUAAUGUACUAAAGUGGGACUCAUCCAGAAUGCUUUGCCUCCCUUUGUUAAUGUUCAGUCAUUUAAAGUAAACACAAUUGAGGCCUCUCUGAAGUAAACCCCAAAUGUGUUUACUGAAAUGUGUGAAACUGAAAGUGGGUCUGAUUCUGCAAAGGCUGGUGAACUCUUCCUCCAAUUCUUGCUGACCAGGAAAUUGAUGUAUUUAUCUUAAGACUGUGAGUAAAAAAGACUGCCUUGGCAAUUGUGAAUACUGCCACCUUCUAGCCCUUCUCAGCACUUAGCAGGCUGGCUCUUGGGCAUUUCUCACUGAAUGGGUAAAUAAAUGAAUGAACAAAUGGCUCAGCAGAGAAAUGACUUCAGUUAAGUUGUUUAUCUUGCUUGAGCCUCAGUCCCUUCUCUGUGGUCCUGGAUUGGAUCUUGAGAAUCCUUUCAGUUCUGAAAUGUCAACUGUACGUCCCUGGCCCCCUGCUCAGCCACUGUCUGAUCUGUGGACAGUCUUGAUGUCUUUACUUUUAAUAUAGGUAAUGGUAAGCAGCUGAGCAGUGUUUAGUCCAGUUAUGAGAUGGAGAAGUGGUUUUAAAAAUUAAGUGAGCUGAGUGCACUUAAGUGCUGUGUUUCAGUAGGUGGGUUGCUAUCCUGAGUGUUUAUAGUCAUUUUAUUUCCACAAUUGUUGAACUAAUUUUGUUUUUAAAAGUUUUAAACUUUCAAAAUAAUUCUUUAACUAAGACUAUUUUCCAAACUAAAUUACUUCAAAUGUAAACAUAUUUUAAAGCAUUUUAAUUGCCAUUUUUAAUUGAUUCCCAAUUAGAUUUGUUAUAUUCAGAAAUCACAGGCUGCAUUGAGGAGUAAGUCUCAAUUUCUUGACUUUGUUAUGGGUUUAUGAAAAAUGUGUGCUCCAUAAAGAAUCCAAAGGUAUUCAUAAUAAGAUUGGUUUUAGUGUUUAUUAGACAGCCUAGAGAAUGGAGACUUUGUAAAAUCUGAACUUAUAUAAAUUGUUUUUGGUGACCAGUUCAAACAAAUUGUGUAAUUGUGACUAUUUUCUCUUUGACUCUUUUUGUUGUUGUUGCUCUUUUUGAAACAGGGUCUCCUGCUGUGUAAACCAAGCUGGCUUUGAACUCACAGAGAUUCACCUGCCUCUGCCUCCCGUGUGCUGGGAUUAAAGGCCUGUGCUACCACACCUGGCAUUCUCUUUGACUCUUAAAGUAAAAAUCUGUUAUUAGUUUCUGUAAGUUACACAGCAACCUUAAAGUUUGUCAAAGAGUUGUCUAGAUUCCCUAUACAAUGUGCUAGAUCCUGAGUUUUAUUUUUAAAACAUUUAUAAAAACACUCUGAAUUUUUAGAAAGGAAUUCUCUGAAAUCCAUUAUUCCUUUGCCCAGUCUCCUUUAUAAAAUACUUUCCUUUUUUUUUUAACUUAUUUGCAGAUUUUUCUUUUUCUUUUUUAUUGUUCUUCUCGGCAUCUAUCAUAUGAGAUGUUUAAAAUGGAUGCAUUUUGGAAGUGACUAUUAAAAUUAUUUUUAUUUUAAUAUCUUGAUGUUCCUAUCAAAAAGAAAAUGAGGGUUUUAAGACUACAAUACUUAAUUCUUUAUUUACCCUUUACCCUAUAUUGAUGAGUAUGACCCUUCAGUCCUUUAGGAAAAAAUUUUAGGCUGAUGGCUUAUUUAUGUCCAUAAUUCAGAAUAGUGAUGCUCAUAACAAUGUACGUAGCAGAGGGAAACAAGGCUUCCACAUUUGUAUAUGUAGGCAUAUUUGAGUUUAAUUCCAAAAGCAUGCUAAUGACCUGUACAAAAUAUAUUUUCAUUUCCUAAUUCUAAUUUAUUGCUACCAAAGUUUUCUCUUUUGCUGUAGACAAUUAAGAAUUAACCUUUUAAAGCUAAUUAAAUUAAAUGUUAACAAAGUAUUUGAUGAAUCAAGUUUCCACUUUGUCAUUUAGUAACCAAUCCUAUUAAUAGAUUGUCUACAUAAGCAUUUUAGCAAUCAUUUUUAUUUUUUAAAAAAAUGAUAAUAUAGUCAUCAGAAAGAUUUCUAUAACUCAAAACAGUGUGUUUGAUAGAGAAAAUUUUUUUAUUCACUUUGUUCACCCAGUGAUAAGCUCUUGCUUAUGCAUUGAUGUUAGCAAAUCAAAAUUUCCCAGACAGGACACAGGGAUUUAUUUUUAAGUUAUAUAUUCUAUUCCUAGUUAUUUUAGAGUUUCAGUUUUAAUUAGUAAAGAUAGAUUUGACUUCUCUUUUUAAAUUGCUGUUUUAAUAAUAAAACACAAAGCUGAGGUUGAGAUUAGUGUCUUGAAGAAUGACUAUUUUUCUGUGUGGUACAGUUUUCUUUUCUUUUUGUUAAUAGUAUUUGUAAUGUUGAUUAAGACAUGUACAAUAAAAUCUGUGCCUAAUUA